AUGGGGGAAGAAAUUCUUUACUACGAGGGUGGUAAGCCAGACCGCGCAGCGCUCCCUCAGCAGUGCAGCGAGUCCCGGCUCUCCGGGCCGCGCCUGCGCCCCCCGCGGGAGGACGGGCCGCGCCUGCGCCGCCGCCGGGGCCGCGUUCGGCCGGGCCGCCCCGCCUCAGCCAUGUCCGGCGGGCCGCGCCGGCCGCGCAGUUCUAUGCAACAUCCACACUGCUGGCAUCAAGAGCAGGAACAUGGAAACUGCAAUGAUUCAGAUUCUCUGGUGUUUGAGGAAUAUCAGUGUGGCCAUUCAGACCACUUGCUGGAGAGCUCGACAACAUCAGAACAUUCUAGGCCUCUUUCCAGGUGCCCCAGCUGGGAAGGUAGAACUGAAGAAGGCAAGGCAAUGAGAGCAUCAAAUAACAAAAUGACAAAUUCUGUUUCAAGCAACUCCGCCAAUCCAGCUGAAAGGGAAACGGAUGAGGUGGUCCUGAGGAGAAGACAAAAACAGAUCAAUUUUGGCAAGAAUACCCUUGCAUAUGACAGAUACAUUAAAGAAGUCCCAAAGAGCCAGCGACUUCCAGGAGUUCACCCUACAACUCCCAACAAGUUUAAGAAGUACAGCCGCAGGUCCUGGGACCAGCAGAUCAAGCUGUGGAAGAUAGCACUGCAUGCCUGGGAUCCUCCUGCUGAAGAAACCUGGGACCUGCAGCCCGUUAGUACCGAACCUUCAGGUAGUCCCCAGGAAUGGUUCUGCAAAGAUGAGGAUGUUCCUGGCUUCUUUGAGUUUGAUGAAAAGCAGCCAAGAAGUGAGUGUGGAGAUGAGUGUAGACAGACUACCCAAACACCUGAGAGUUCCUGUUCUCCCAAUUCUUCUCCAGUAUGGAAACGCAGAAGAAGAAACAAUUCUGACUCCUUUGUGGUUUCAGAGAGCAAAAACCAUUAUCUGCAGAUGUGCCACACACUGGAAAGUUCUAUGCAACAUCCACACUGCUGGCAUCAAGAGCAGAAACAUGGAAACUGCAAUGAUUCAGAUUCUCUGGUGUUUGAGGAAUAUCAGUGUGGCCAUUCAGACCACUUGCUGGAGAGGUGCCCCAGCUGGGAAGGUAGAACUGAAGAAGGCAAGGCAAUGAGAGCAUCAAAUAACAAAAUGACAAACAACUCCGCCAAUCCAGCUGAAAGGGAAACGGAUGAGGUGGUCCUGAGGAGAAGACAAAAACAGAUCAAUUUUGGCAAGAAUACCCUUGCAUAUGACAGAUACAUUAAAGAAGUCCCAAAGAGCCAGCGACUUCCAGGAGUUCACCCUACAACUCCCAACAAGUUUAAGAAGUACAGCCGCAGGUCCUGGGACCAGCAGAUCAAGCUGUGGAAGAUAGCACUGCAUGCCUGGGAUCCUCCUGCUGAAGAAACCUGGGACCUGCAGCCCGUUAGUACCGAACCUUCAGGUAGUCCCCAGGAAUGGUUCUGCAAAGAUGAGGAUGUUCCUGGCUUUUUUGAGUUUGAUGAAAAGCAGCCAAGAAGUGAGUGUGGAGAUGAGUGCAGACAGACUACCCAGACACCUGAGAGUUCCUGUUCUCCCAAUUCUUCUCCAGUAUGGAAACGCAGAAGAAGAAACAAUUCUGACUCCUCUGUGGUUUCAGAGAGCAAAAACCAUUAUCUGCAGAUGUGCCACACACUGGAAAGCCUUACUGACUCAGGACAUCAGGAUGCUUUUUCAAAGUGCUCAGUGUGGGAAGCCUUUGGUGAAAAAGCUGAAGUAAUGACAGUACAACAAAGUAUGGGAAUAACAAGUGACUCAAUUCCACCCAGUUAUUCUUCAGGAUGGAACAAUCCAAAACAGAAGCAAUCCAGGUUCUUUCUGCCUGACAGCAAGACUUGGAGAGAUACAGACUUCAGGCUUGAGAGGCUUAAACUUUGUAGCAGUUUAUCGGAUGGAUAUCAGUCAGAAUACCCUGACAGAGGAUUGGGAAGUGCAAAUGCUGAAGAUACAAUACUGAGGGAAAAAAUCUAAAUCCCAAGUCUCUCUUUGUAUAUAGAAGUAUUGAAGAAGCAAUUUUCUCAAGAAAAAGACUUGAAGAAUAGGGAUUUAGUCUGAGAUCAGCAGAUCAAGUCUUGGAAAACUGGUGCUGUCAUGUAGGAUCUGCACUGGAAGAGAUUUGCAGUCAGCAUACUUGCAAUCAACAUAAGGUGAAAUUAUUCAGGUUUCUCCAGCUCUUUCUAAGGAUAGAUUGUUUUCUGCAAGCUGUGCCUCAAGUGUAAAACUCCAGAUUUCGUGAACCUGUGCUGCAAUGACAAUGGAUGUUCCUUAAAGCUUUUGUGAGGGCAUUUCUGCUGUGCCUGCGUUGGCGGGUGACAUGUACAUUAUUUUUCAAAGGCUGCUUCAGGUGAUGGAUCCUGCCAUUCCCUCUGGAGGUCUUGUUCCUCAGGGUGUGCUGAAGUUUUACCAGUGAAUUGGUCCAGUGUCAAGUCAGACUGAAAUCCAACCCCUCCAAUCAAGGAACCUCCUCUGCUCCACUGGACCAGAACUGGACAUCCAGCCUGAAGAACUGCUUCAGAAGAAUGUAGCUAAUUUCAGCCUUCCUCCAGUCAUUGAAGACAAGCUGUUCAUAAUUUUUGGAUUGGGUGGUCACCCAUUUGGCCUAUUUAUUGUUAUCUGAGAUGUAUUAAGGUGGCAUUUGCCUAAGCCAGGUGAGAGAAGUGAAAGGAAAGGUAUAUGGUUUAUCAAAAUCAGAUCCUUUUCUUGGAGGGGUUGAGUGACUGUUAGAACAGAAGCACAGCUUAAAUACCUGGAUUUUGUGUUUAUGUGUGUUGCAGCCUGACCCAAAGAGCCAGUCUACAGUUAAAGAGUAGGAGAGGAUGCAUUCAGUGCCUGUUGUUCCUACAACUAUUGGGGAUGAAUAGCAGUAUUUGCAGGUGUGGAGAUGCUCUUGUCCAGGCUAAGGGUUGUGAUGGUGUUGGGACAGGCUCUCUUUUUUUUUAUUCUGCUAACACUGUGUGCAGAAGUUUGAAGUGAGAGCUGUGGCUACCGUGUUUGGACUAAAUUCACAUGCCAGUUACAGGAAUUUUACAAUCCUUGUGUAGCAUGUACUGGGAUACCAAUGGCUGCUGGAGCUGGGAGUUGUCUCUGCAGGAAUUUGGUUUUACUUUCUCUUGCUAUAGGGCUGGCAGUACCCAGGGCCAAGAGCCCAUUGUGCUGCUGAUUUUGAAGUAAGCUGCUUCCUCAGAAACUAUUCUCCCUCUCAAAAUGUUAUUUCCAGGCAUGCUCAGGCAUUUUUCCCAGCACAAGGGUGUAUCAGUCACACACCACAGAGCACGGAGCAUGUGUGUACGAGGGACACAUCUGUACAGCACUUUUCUAAGAGGUAAUAUUUAGAACCUUGUUGUUCCAAUGUGCACGUUUCCUUGUGAUUUAGGGUGCUUGUAAAUAAAGGGAAUGUGUUACAUUUUUGGCAAUUUGCCUUUAUGCAGAAGAAUUAAAGACUUGAACUUUAAAAA